AUGUGUCAACGAGGUCUUGGCCCAAGUAUGACACCAAGGAAACCGUCGGAGAAAGAGAUGUUACCAUUUCCUCCCGAACAAACCCAUGGUUGUCAUCCUGAUGUACACAUACAACUCGAUGACCCACAAAUAUGUUUGAGAUAUGUCAAGGGUCAUCCUGACAGCUCAAAAAAGAGACCACCGUGCCGUGUGUUGGAGAGUCGAAAACUUGGAAAUCCCAUCUCAGACAAAAAUCCCAUUUCGAUAACAGCCAAACCGCAUGAAGCAAAUCAGGGUCUUAACCCCAGAGAACGUGUUUUGAUAAGAAAACGUGGAGUUGUUCUAAAAGCGGAGGAAGCUGGCUGGACUGUUGCAUCGUAUACGUCAAAAGCUGUUAUCGCAAAUUUUCACCAGUGA